AUGUAUUUCCCAACCACCCGACUCCUUGCUGUGAGCAGCAUACUCGGCACCUCACUUGCUCGACUCAAGCCUGUCGAGAUUGAUACUUCAUCGAUCGAUAAACUCUACUCCGAGGCUCUUAAAGAAGAUCGAAAAUUGGUCGUAGCUGCAGGUGGUGAUGCCGGAGUUCAAGGUCAGGGUAUUAGAGAUGCCUGGGCCGCACGAUUCCCAAAGAUCUCGCUUGAUCUCACUGUCGACCUAUCGAAAUACCACGACAGCCGGAUUGAUCGCGCAUACUGGAAUAACAGCGAGACUGUCGAUAUUGCCAUGCUUCAAACUCUCCAUGAUUUUCAGCGAUGGAAGGAGGAAGGUCGUUUGUUGUUCUACAAGCCACCAACUUUUGAGGAUUUGUAUUCGGGAGAGAAGGAUCUUGACGGUGCCUUUUUGCCGGUUAGUGUUGACAGCUUCGGAUCUUUUGUCUAUGAUAGCACCUAUGUAUCAGAAUCUGAGGUUCCAAAAAGCUAUGCCGACCUUUUAGAUUCCAAAUGGAAGGGUAAAAUUGUGGCGACCUAUCCUAACGAUGACGACGCGAUCGCAUAUCUCUUCUCCAUUAUCAUUGAAAAGUAUGGGUUUGAGUGGUUGGAGAAAUUGGCAAACCAAGACGUCCAAUGGGUCCGCGGUACCGCUACUCCUGGCUUCGUUAUUCGAGAUAACCAUAACGGCGCCAACGCAUCCGCUUCCGGUUUGUCACCGAAAGGACGUGUUCUCACAUUCACCUCUUACCCUCCUGAAAAUGCAACAACCAUUCACUCCGUCGUUCCAGAGGCUCCAGAGCAACACAUGUCAUGGACUCAGACUGCUGCGGCUUUUGCCUCUUCUAAGAGACCGAAUACUGCUAAAUUGUUCUUAGCUUGGAUGACAAGUGAUGAGAACCAGAAGAAUGCCACUCAGGGAUCAGUCAGGAAAAGUUUGGAUAUUGGUGGCUUUUUGUACACAAGUAACACUACUCAAACUAGUCAAUUCAGACAGUUUAUGCAGGACCGCCAGAGAGUCGAGUGGUGGAAAUUGCAAUAUGAGACUACAUUGGGAACGGCUCAAGGUGUUGACCCUAUGGUUUUAUACCCAUAG